CUCCGCCUGUAUAAAAAACAAACAAAAACAACGCUCACUGUGAAAAGGAUGCUGGAGAGAGAUGCAGACUGGAGCUGAGAGUGGGAAAGAAGAAUAGUGAGAGAAAUAAAAGCAAAAAGCUGGAUACAAAGAGACAGAAUCACAGAUAAAUAAGACUUCACCAGGACAUCUAAGGAUAUGUGUGAAAUAUUUCACAAGUUCGUCAUGGGGCUGCGUGACUUUAUAAAGGAGUAUUUCCUUAGUUUCUGGGACUAUGAGACACCAAAGGUGAUGGUGGUUCAAAACAGAACUCUUGGAGCCAUAUACAGAAGCGUUCAGUUUCUUGUGAUCACCUAUUUCAUCUGGUAUGUCUUCAUAAGUCAGAAAGCCUACCAAGAGAGUGAAACCCGUCCAGAGAGCUCAGUUUACACACUCAUGAAAGGCACAGCAGUUCAUGGAGAUGAUGUCUUGGACACUGCGGAGUACGUUCGACCCUCAGAGGGCGGUGAUGUGAUUAGUACAAUAUUGAGGCGAGAAGUUACCUAUGAUCAGAGGCAAGGAAAGUGCGCUGAGUAUUUCAAUGUUGCCAAAGCCAACUGUACGAGAGACUCUGACUGUGUCGAGGGAGAGGUUGACUUUGAUGGCCAUGGCAAAAGGACCGGCAGAUGUGUUCAGUACUACAACCACACCUUCAAAACCUGUGAGAUCCAAACCUGGUGUCCCAUUGAGGAGUACGCUGUAGUACGAGAACCAGCAUUAGUGGAGGCCAUCAAUUUCAUAGUGUUCAUCAGGAACUCUAUCCACUUCCCCAGAUUUAAAGUGCUGAGGGGAAACAUCAAAGAUGCAUCAAACAAACGUGAUAUGCAGAAAUACCUCAAUAAGUGUCAUUAUAAUGAGGAGAAAGAGCCCUACUGCCCAAACUUCCGUCUGGGCUACAUCGCAGAUCAAGCCAGGGAGAAUUUCAGUGAGCUCUGCAGGACUGGUGGAGUGAUAGGGGUUUUCAUCAACUGGAAGUGUAACCUGGACCUGGAUCCUUCACACUGUAAACCUACAUACUCCUUCCGUCGUCUUGAUCUCCGAAAGGAUCAGGCCAACUCUGGUUACUAUUCAAGGUUUGCCAAAUAUUACAAUAAGGAUGGGGUCGAGUCUCGGACGCUCAUCAAGGCCUACGGCAUCCGUCUGGAUGUAAUAGUUCACGGACAUGCUGGAAAAUUCAGUCCCAUCCCAACCAUCAUCAGCACAGUGACUGCUUUGACUUCAGUUGGGAUUUGUACCAUUAUCUGUGACUGGAUCAUGCUGACUUUUAUUGACAAGAAUGAAGUCUACAGUGACAGAAAGUUUGAUGAGGUUAUCAAGGAGCCCAAAGUGCCCAAAGUGCCCAUUUCCACAGAGCUCAGCUACAUCAACGGCUUCGGCUCCAACCAUUCAGACCUGUCCGACGGUGUACCGCUGUAAUGUCCUCACAGUUGUCCUCGCUGGCCAAGAGAGUGGACGCUCCUCCAGCUGAUCAGCCGAGUGGUUCCUCAGGUAUCUGCUGCAGCUUAUGGGCUGCGAGCGGUCGCUGUGCUGUUGAUAGUGGAAAUAAACUGACAGAGGACCAGUGACAGAGGAGGCUGGUCGUCUCAAAGUCUGUGCCUGUGCAGUGGAUUCAACUCAUAUAUCAUCUCAAACCUUGAUGGACCCCAACUUGUGUGACAAUGCAGUUGAUUGUGUCUCUUUCACUUGACUUGCAGUAAGACCUCAAGUAUGAAAAGAAACUAAACCAUUUCAUAGCAGAAACAUAUUUGAGUACACAGUAAUGAGAAACAUUACAAACUAUGCCCAUUUCUAUAAAUGUAUUGUAGACAUUCAGUGCAAUAAAUGUCUUCUAUCAACUCAAGUUCUAACUGAAUGUUACCAACAGUAUAUCAUCUGAAAUCUGCAUUAUUAUAAACUUAAAACUGCACACCAUGUUUGGAGAAUCUAUAUUCUGUUUAAUUUCCUUUGUCUUUCAACAUAAGG